GAAGGAAGUGGACAUUGUUGAGAAGUAUUGCAGACUUUUGCAAGUGCAAGCGUUCACUCUCAAAGAAAGUUACUUGCCCUUUCUCCUCUUCAUAGCCUUUCGGCCUGAUCAUUGUCCUGCUUCAUGAAAGAUUUGUCCCAUAAAAUGAUUUGUAAAUCUUGAAGAUCAUGAUUCAGCGUAACGCUGUAUAUCCAUACGAGGACAAAUCCUGGCCUUCAACAGCUCGGGAUAGAAGUCCAUCCUAUCGUUCAAGAGCAGCAGAAGAUGAUUACGCUUCAUCAAGAGCAGGUCCAAGCCGAUAUCAUCAUUCCGAAUACGAAAGAAGGGCAAGCAACGCAUACGAUGAUCAUCGCUCUUACUCAUCUCGCGAAGGAGAAUCAAGACAUCCUCGGACAGUGAAUGGCUAUGAUUCAACUUCCUCCAGAUAUAGAGAUGAGUACGAUCGCCGCUCUGGAUACAGUGAAAGCACAAGAGCUUAUGAUGAUCUCAGAAGGCAUGAAGACAUAAAAGAGCACUACAGACGGCGUACUCCUAGUCCUCCUUAUCGUUCAUCCAGAGACUGGGAAAACUCAAAUGGCCGAUCAGACUAUAGAGAUGAUUCAAGCUCUCGAUAUCAAAGGAGCGCUCGACCCGAUGGAUACCACAGAGACGAUGUCUAUAGACCUCGUGAGCAUUAUUCCACACCUCGUUCUGAGAGCAGGGUGGAAGAAGAUCGGCACGCAGAUAGUCGUUCAUCGGCUCGGUAUGAAUCAAGAGAAGCUCGUCAGAAUGGAAAGUCGUAUGAUGCUUACGACUACGAAAGGUCUGCGAAAAAGUCUGAGAACUCUCUUGAAGGUGCCAGACAGAAUGGUACAGAUAAAAGCUCUCAUCGCAGCGUAAGACGGGCAGCACAAGAAGAAGAUGACGACGAUGGGCUACAGCAGCUGUGGAGCAAGUCAAAUGGACGGAAAGAAUCACCUUCUCGAGACAAAGAUCGCCGUGCUUCCGGAACACCAGCACAUACGCGCGAUCGAAGGCCAAUCGAGAAACCUUCUCUAGCAAGCAAAGUAUUGGAAGAGGUACCCAAAAGAGGUAGAGGUGAUCUCAGCAACGCUUCAGAUCGACAAGAAUACGUCCAAGAUGUUCGAAGACAUAUUGAAAUGAGACAGAAAGAUCGAAGUGACCUACCCGUUCGUACGGAGAAAACAAAGACAGUGCUACGCUCCUUUCCAGAGAUCCUCCUGCCACACGAACUUCUUCUGCCUGAAAAUGCUCAACACUUACCUUCCGAUGCAAAGGGUGAGAAGAUACGAUCUACACGUAUCAGCUAUGACCCAGAAUUGGACAAAGAAAAGGAUAAGAAAGGCAAGCGAGUUCUGUAUCACGAUUUGACAAAGGAAGUGAUCGAUCCGCGGAACAGUGCGGUCAAAGGCAAGAGUCGCAAAGAACUUCGAUUAUUUCAUUGGAAGUGGGAUGAUCAUUCUACAAAGUCCAAACCUCCACCUCCGCCUCGUUCGUUGGUAAUCUCUGGUCUCUCGCCAAUGACAGUGGUCACAACGGUAAAGAGAUUUUUCGCCUCUUUUGGUCGAAUUGAUGAAUGUGAGAUCAAAAUGGAUACCAGCGGUAUGAGCACGGGCGUGUGCUAUCUGUCAUUUCAUCAUGAUUAUGAUGAUGACUUGAAGCUAGUGGGAGAUGUCAGCGAAGCCAAAGCUCAAAGGGGUGAUCUUGUCGCAAAAGAAGCACGUCUAAAGAUGAACGGACAAAAGAUCGAAAUGUCAGUCAUCACGAUAGCAUUUGAUGAUCUGGACAGAACAACGUUCAAGAAGACAUACAGAGAUUUAUUACAGAAGAAGAUUGAUGCUGUAUCUCAAAAGAAAGAAGCCUCAACCCAAUCGCCAGCACCUGCCUCAACUCCAUCCAUGCCUCCGCCUGGUGCACCAAGAGGUCCAAAGACGAUGAUCAGUAGAAACGGCCUCACUUCGCCCAAACCUCUAUCACCUUUCGCACAUGGCUCAAGACAUACUGACGUUAGCCGACGAACCAGUCAUGAUGAAACGGACAAAGAUGAAAUCCAUACUUCUGGCCAAAUUCUUCGACAGCUUGUUAAUAUUGGAACUCCUUUUGCCUAUGUGAAUCGGGCAAGAGGAAGUACGAUCGGGUGUGAAGCAAUGGAAAAGUUGUUUGCCGAUAUGCGACCCGCCUGGAUUAAAAGAGACGGUAGCGGAUUUUAUGUAGCCUUUCAUCAAACCGAUGGAGCAGAUCGUGCGAAAAAGGUAUUGGACGGUACAAGUGUGUCUGGCUAUCGUAUCUCCAUCGAAGUACGCUCUCCAAACGAUGAAAGAUCCAAUCGAAUUAACAGUCGUCGCACUGAUGGGAAUCGAAGGAGUGAAAGUGUCGAUCAAAGGGCUGAACCAGUGCAAAGUAUUCCUGAAAAGACUGCUUGGACGGAUGAAGAAUUGUUUGAGGACAGCAAGUCAAUGUUGUUGCGCGAGCUUGGAAUUGCCUUUGGCAGGGAUCUCAAAUCAAGGAUAUUGAGCUCUUUUGUCACGAAAGUUUUGGAACCAGAAGGUUCAUGUGGUAAAGCGUUGAGACAGCCAGUUAAGAGUAUCAAUGAACAAAUCGAAGAAGAAUUCAAGAUCGAUUUGGACGCUGAACGGCCAAAGAGCUUCAACCGGGCAGCGAAAGAGGAACGCCGAUUGAAAUUGGCACAACAGAAGAGAGAAGAGGAAGAAGCUGCUAAGCGAGCAUUGGCUAAAGCUAAUCAACCCUCGUCUGAUGAAGAGGAAGAAGAGGAGGUAGUGACUAAGGAGACCAAGGCAAAACAAAAGAAGGUAAAGGCGAAGAAGGAGGUGAAAGUACCCAAACCGCAAAAGAAGAUUGUCUAUUCACCUAGUCCUGAACCAAUUGAUCCUUUUGUAAGCGGAUUGGUGGAAGAAGAGGAGGACUUGUAUUUCUGCCGUUUGGCACUAGAAAUGAUGCGAGAAGGUCAAGAUCCACAAGAGCUUCCUGAUGAAGAUGAGCCAAAAGAAGAAGCUUUACAGUCUCAUGCAUCAGGUAGUGCACGAACGGAAGGAUUCUAUCGUAUCCCACCAGCUGAAAAGGGCAAACAUUUGGCCGAUCGAAAUAUGGCAUCUUCGACAGAAUGGGGUUCCACUACUGCUGUGUCUACUGUUGGACUCGCAUCAGCUCGUGACAAUAGAGCAGACAGCAGAAGGUUUGUUCAAGGCAUUGAGCAGCAUAAGAAAGAAACGGCAACAGACACAGAUAUUCUCAAGUUCAAUCAAUUACGCAGUCGUAAAAAGCAACUUAAAUUCGCCAAAUCUCCUAUUCACGAUUGGGGACUGUAUGCAAUGGAAGCGAUCCCAGCCGGUGAUAUGGUGAUCGAAUACGUUGGUGAAAUUGUUCGACAACAAGUUGCCGAUGAACGUGAAAAGAUGUACGAAAGGCAAGGCAACUUUUCCACAUACCUUUUCCGUGUUGACGAUGAUAUUGUUGUUGAUGCAACAAAGAAAGGCAAUAUCGCUCGCUUGAUGAAUCAUUGUUGCACACCGAAUUGCAAUGCAAAGAUCUUGACUCUGAAUGGAGAAAAGAGGAUUGUUUUAUAUGCCAAACAAUUAAUUUUGCCCGGACAAGAAUUAACGUACGAUUACAAAUUUCAAGCUUCCGGUGAUGAAGAAGACGCGAUUGCAUGUCUUUGUGGCAGUCCAGGCUGCAGAAGAUUUUUAUAGUUUUUUUUUUUCGCAAAUCAUUUUCCUCAUACCUUAUACAUCUGUACUUUAUUUGACCGCAAACAUGUUUUUAUUUUCAUUUUCUUGUAAUCUUGUAAUAAUGAUGACC